AUGCAGCCACGCGCACCCUCGUCGAGCGACGCGCGCGACCGAGCGACGUUCACAAGCCGACUCGACGCCUCGGCAUCGCAUCGCGCGCUCGCAUUGCCGUCGUCGGCAGCAGCGCCCGACGCCAUGCGCGCUGGCGCCGUGAGCGGUGCGCGCGCCACCACCACCAGCAGGGGCGCGGCCGGUAGAAUCGGCAGCUCGGGGAGCCUCGUCGACGGAUCCGCCGCCCGGCCGCGAUUCGCGGGCCGGCGCCGGCAGCCGGGGACCGCCCGGCCCGGUGGGCACUUGUUUCGGUCGCGGCGGCGGCGCGUGCUGCUGCUGUUCGUUGGCGCGAUCGCCGCUCUCACCGCCGUCAACGUGCUGCUGCUCCGCUCGCGUAAUUCUCUCAGAGCAGCGGAUAUCCGAGAUUACAAUAACGAGGAUUUGAGCGACGAAACAGAUAACGGGGAGAACGAUAGCGAGUACAGGCUGAGCGGCGACUCGUCGUGGUGGUCGUGGCGGUGGUGGAGCGCGCUGAGCGGGAACGGGAACGGCGGCGGGCAGCGGCGGGCGCGCGAGGUGAAGGCGUACAACAACUCGGACCCCGAGCCGGACGCACGCAUCAGCGACGCUGACGACCAGUUCAUCGACGCCACGCUGCCCGUCGACGGCGCGGAGCCCGCGCGCGCGCGCACGCGGGGGAAGGCGGGCGGCGGGAAGGGCGGGGAUGGCGCGGGGGAGGGCGGGGCGCACGUGCGGCUGGAGGACGUGCUGCGGUUCAACGUGAUGGCGGCGGGCAGACGGUGGGACCGCCGUGUGGGGUGCUCCAAGUUCAGAGCCAAACACAACGGUGCGGUGCGCAACCCCCAUGGCCCCAUCACGCCCUGCAACUCCCUUCCUCCAACCCCUCUCCGCACCACACACCCAUCCAACUACCCCAUCGAUCCAUUCCUUCGCCCCGCCGUCGUACCUCCACCCCUGUUGCUGCCCACAACUCCUGUGUUGCCAUGCCACCCACUCCCUCCCUUUUCCCUCCUCUCCCCUCUUUCUCCCCUCCUCUGCCCUCCUCUCCCCUCCUCUCCCCACCCCUCCCCUCCUCUUACUCAUCCGCUGCAGCGCACACAAACGAGCACCGCAGCCCUCUCAUACGAACUCAUACCCCCCACUCCCCUCCACCUUUCGUCUCUCCUACCUCCCUCCUUCCCUCGCACCUCCAACUCUCCGUCCCACCCCCGCACCCCUCGCUCCAAGCACCAGGUGGAGAACAGCACGUGGGUGCAGGAGACGAUCAUCGAGGGCGUGCAUGCGUGCCACCCCUGCCCGCUCUCCUGCGCCUUCACGCGUGCGCGCCCCCUCGCCACGCACCCCGACGCCCUGCUCUUCGAGGGCGUGCUGCCGCCCUCGCCCUCCAAGCCCGCCCACCCCCUGCACGUCUACAUGAACCUCGAGGCCCACCCCUGGGGUGAACCCCCCGCAGGGACUGACGGAGAGGGGGAGAAGGCUGGGACCGGGGAGAAGGGGAAGGACGGAAAGGUGGGGGAAGGAGGGGAGGGGAGUGACAGGGUGGGUGCGAGGGCGGGGGUGGAUGUGUUUGUGGGGUACGGUGCGAACGCCACGGUGCAGGCGACGUAUGCGGGGCAUCUGUUCCACUGGGACCGCCAGCGCUACAUUGCCGACAACAAACGCACUGAUGUGCCAGUGUUCCACGCGGUGUCCAACUUCGUGCCAUGGCGGGACGCACUAGUAAAGGAGCUCAUGAAGCACGUGCCCAUGCACUCCUUUGGCGCGUGCCGCUCCACCACCGCACAGCACGGCAGCGAGCUGCAGCUCUACCCGCACUGCGCACACACGUACGGCGCGCAGGAGCGGUGGCAGCACCACACGCACUGCGUGCAGUCGCACUACCUGUUCUCGCUCGCCAUUGAGAACACGCGUGCGCCCGGCUAUGUCACCGAGAAGUUCUUCUACCCGCUGGAAGCUGGCACGGUGCCCAUCUACAUAGGAGCGCCAGACAUCGCAGCGUUUGCGCCCCCCGACUCGUACAUUGACGCGUCAGGGCUGUCGCCUGCGGAUCUGGGCGCCAUGGUGAGGCGCAUAGCAGCGGACCCCCUCGAGUACAUGGGCUACCAUGCCUGGCGCAGGUUGCUCCCCGCCCUCUCCCUCCCACAUCCUUCAUCCACUGCCCCCGGGGUGGCGGCAGCAGGUGUGGAGUGUAUGGCAACUACUCGAGAGCGCGCCAGAUGUCUCUCGACACGCUGCCCUGCCGCCUGUGCGAGCACAUCAGCCUCAUGGGCGGCACACACCACCCACGCCCUUGACGCUGCUCUGCAUGCAUCCAGGCACACUGCGUGUGUGUAUGUGGAUGGCAUGUUGAUGCUCGGCUAA